UGUAGGCAGAGCCGCUAUCUGGGCGGAGAGAAGAUCCUCCAUGCACUGACUGUUUUGUUGAGAAGUGAAACCUGGCGGAGGGAGAGAAGAGAAGAAGCGAAGCUAAAACGUGGUCUAAAAACAGACAGCAUUUAGCUUCGUGGAGGUUUUGGUGUUUCUAAGCGUCAAUCGGCGCAUUGGAUGAAACUAUAAUUUUAGGAUCUUGUGGGGUUUUUGUUCUUGCUGUUGCGGGUGCGGCUUUAUCUCCAAGCCGAGCCUCUGCCCUUCUGCGCGGGGGUUUUCAUUUCUCCCUCAGUCGGCACUCGAAAGCGGAAUGAAUGACCAAGACAAAGGUUGACGCCGCGUCCCCAACUCACUUCGCUUCGGCCAAGGAAAAGAGACUCAGGAGCAAAAUGGAAACGGAAAGCGGGAACGAGACGGGCGAAGGCGUGCAAGCCCACGCGACAAGCCAGGAGAAGAAGAAGCCGCACCGCGCGCCAUCGCCCGCCAGACCCAAAGACGUGCCCGGCUGGUCUAUUACCAAGAUCCGCGGAGGAAUCGGUGCACCGACCCUCAGCGUCAAACCGGGAGCGAUCCAUUUAGGGAGCCGUUUGUCCAGACGCAGCCCUGUUAGCGCUAAAGACACAAAGACUGAGAAGACUGGGAAGUCACCGGGGAAAUCCGCGCUGUCUUCCCUCGCCGCUACAAAGAGCAGUGUGAAGUCGAACAAGGCCGCUCGGAGGAAAGUAUCCGACGCCAGCAUCGCGUCCGACGACCUGAGCAAAGACUCGGGCAAAGAUUCGGGCAAGCUCUCGCCCACGGACAGCAGUUCCGAGAUCUCUGACUGCGCCUCGGAAGAGAACAAGCUUUCAACUGAUGCGCUUAGCAGCGACACGGAGAGCAGCAGCCGCGGUGGUGGAGCCGAGAGCGAGAGCGCGGCCGCGGAGCCGAGCAGCGACCGCGCGGUGAGCGAAAGACAGCGGGGAACAGACGCCGGACAAGACAGCACUUCCCCGGGGGACGAGCGCUCCCUCACCUCGCUCGACAGUCGGAUGCCCGCCAGCACAUCUUUGGCCUUCUCUGAUCUUAACGAGGAGCUUACGGAUGGAAUGCUCGAGGAAUAUCUUCGUGAGAUCGAAGAGUUGAGGUCGGAAAACGACUAUUUGAAGGAUGAGGUUGAGGAGUUGCGUUCGGAGAUGCUCGAGAUGAGAGACAUGUACAUGGAGGAGGACGUGUACCAGCUCCAGGAACUUAGGCAACAGCUGGAGCAGGCCAACAAAACAUGUCGCAUCCUGCAGUACCGACUACGCAAGGCUGAGAGACGCAGCCUGCGUGUGGCUCAAACCGGCCAGGUGGAUGGCGAGCUCAUUCGGGCACUGGAGCAAGAUGUUAAGGUGGCCAAGGACGUGUCCAUCCGCUUGCACAAUGAGCUAGACACAGUGGAAAAGAAGAGGAGCCGUCUAGAGCAGGAGAACGAGGAGCUCCAAGUGAAGCUCCAGGACCUGGAGGUGGCCAAGCAGGUUCUGCAGGCUGAGCUGGAGAAGAGCCGAGAGAAUUCUCUAAAAAAGCGAGGUGCAAGACCAAACAACAAACCUGACAAGAAGACAUCACCACAGACUCCUGAGGACAGUUCUGACCUCAAGUGCCAGCUCCAUUUUGCCAAGGAGGAGUCGGCACUUAUGUGCAAGAAACUUACUAAGAUGGUGAAAGACAAUGAAGCCAUGAAAGAAGAACUGACCAAAUACCAUUCCCUCUAUGGUGACAUGGACACGUCACUCACCGUGGAUGAAGUGGCCGACUCGCCCCACACGCGCGAAGCCGAGGUCCGAGUUCAUCUGAAGCUUGUUGAGGAGGAAGCUAACUUGCUGAGUCGACGGAUAGUGGAGCUGGAGGUGGAGAAUCGCGGUCUCCGGGCUGAAAUGGAUGACAUGAAGCUUCAAGAGACCCCUGGAGGUCUUGCAGUUGCGACAGGAGUUGGGCAGCUGCUGAUUUCACCUUCAGCUGAGAAUGUUAUGGAGCUGCAACGGCACCUGCAGUUUGUAGAAGAAGAAGCGGACCUUCUGAGGAGGUCAUUGAUUGAGAUGGAGGAGCAGAACAAGCUUCUGAUGAAUGAACUUAAUCGGUACAAGUCUGAACUUCCUUCUGAUUCUGAUAUUGAGUCCUUGUCCUCAUCCACCAUCCUUCCUCCAUCCAUCACUCCUAGUGUGGCAGCUUCUGAAGAAGGGCCUUUGAAUGAGGCAUCUAAAGAAGAGCUUCUGGCAGCCAGGCUUCAAAUCAGUGACCUGAGCAGUAAGGUAAAGAAGCUCCAAUAUGAGAACCGCAUUUUGCUCUCCAACUUGCAGCGAUGUGACCUGGCUUCCAGACAUGUGGAUAUUCGGCCUGCACUGGAGACUGAUGCAGAGGCAGGGGACUCGGCCGAGUGCGUGCCCAGACCAGAAUGUAAUGAUAUCCCAGUGGAUAGUGAAGAGAACCAGGUUCUGGAGGAAAAAGAUGAGAAGGUGACAGGAAACAACCAUUUCCUUUCUGAUCAGUGCCUCAGCAUCAAGGAACUGUUGGCCAUCCGUGACCAGGCACAACUAAUUACCUCAGCAAUUCAGCUCCUCAUGUCUACCGAUUCCAACUGUCUUCUAGCCAUCUCAACAGACACAAUCGUACAUAAAAUGACAGCUAGGGAACCUGGAGAAGCUGGGUUCCUAGAGAAGAACCAAGUUCAGAGCUCAAAUCUGUCUCUAGUUGAAGCCCUUCACAGUAGGCUACAGUCUCUUCAGGCUCAGCUACAGGCUCUCAGUCAGAGGAUAGAGGGUCUGGGGGAGUCCCCUGAAGAUAAGCAUGUGAAAGAGCUAUCUGGUGGGGCCCUCGUUCCUCAGUCCGAAGAGUUCUGUCUUGUAGAUUCUCAAGUCAGCCAAAUCACAAUUCAACAGAAGCCCAACAUUAGGGACCAAGCAGAUGUCAGAGGUCAAAUUGAGAGCAACAGCAAUACAGACGGCAACAAAGACCACGUGACAGACCUGUCGGAGACCAACUGUGCACUGCUUCUGGAGCAGGUUCGUGAGCUUCAGGCUCAGCUGUGUGAAGCAAGGGAAAAAGCUGAGACAACUCAGGAACAGCUGGCAGUGGAGAAUCAAGCUCACUGUGAUUACACAAAAUCCUGCUCGCAGAAACUCUCUCAGUUGCAGGAGGAGCACAAGAAGGUGCUGGUGCGACGGGAUUUCCAGCUGCAAAGCAUGAGCCUGCAAACACGACUGCAGCAAAAGUUCUGGAGCCAGGAGAGGAAUGUCUUGGUGCAGGAGUCCCAGCAGCUUAAACAGAUUCUACUGCUGGUCAGCCUCAAGCUACGUUGGCUACUCAAGCAGUGGAGACUCGGCAAGAAGUUUAACACAGAGGGCAAGGACAUGUUCCAGAUUAACAACAUUAAGGAGCUUCACUUUCCUCUGGAGGAUGAUGGCCUUGCCCCUCACCAUGGAGACAAUAAGAUGGCAGCCACCAAGGAACAACCACCAAGUCCAACAAACAAAGAUCUUAACCUUUCUGAGAAUAACCUUCAGCAGACAAGUGGUUUGAAUGCGACUUUAUCAGACCUGAAAGUGGCUCUGCAAGAUUUGAGCACUGAGCUGCGAGAGGAGCGUCAGAGCUCCCAAGAGCUAACACAGCAAUUUGCUCGAGCUAAAGCCUCCUGGGAGGUGGAGCGUACUGAGCUCAAAAGCCUCAUCACCCAGAUGGAGGGCAAAGCAGGGAAGAUGUCUGCAGCUGGUACUGACACGGAUCCUCCUGAUCUGAAGGGGGCUCUGAAGAGGGAGCGUGAGGAGCACCAGCACUUGCUUGCAGACUCCUAUGCUGCAGUUAUGGAUUUGACCAAGCAGCUGCAGAUAAGUGAGAGAAACUGGAGCCGGGAGAAGCUGGAGCUUCUUGAACAUUUCAAUCAGGAGAAGAACCAGUGGGAGCAGAGGUUCCAUGAUGCCCAGAGCAAAGGCACACAGUCUCUCAAUGUUAAAGAAAUAUCCAUAGAAUCAACUACAAAUGAUUCAACAUCGCAAAGAACCCAACCAAUUUCCUUUCUGUCAGACCUUGAGAGUUUGCUGGAUGUUGCUUCGUUCCUUCCAGAUCAUGAGAUUAAUGGAAUUGCUGAGGUAAAGGUGGGGAAGCACCAGUUUAAUGACCUUGUAGCCCGCUCAGAUCUGAGUGACCUCAACCAGAAGAACUGGAAGUAUCUGAGUAGUGAGUCAGCUUCUUUGGAGAAGGCUGAACCUUUUAAAACCUGGGACUGCCCCAGCACAAGCUUACCAAAGCUACAACUGAGUGUGGAACAUGUUCAGAGGAGUUAUACUGCCCCGGACAAAACAGGUAUUCGAAUAUACUACAGUCCUCCAGCUGUCAGGAGGAUGGAAAGGAAGGUCAAAGAUCUGAGCUCAAAUGAUACUCAUCUAGGACUCAAACUGUUUGGCGCAACAAACUCAGACCAAGCAGUACUGCCUUCAGCAACACAGUCUUCUUCACACUUGUCAUCCUCAUAUGAGCAAUGGCUAAGCUCACUAUCCCAGCAGCACAGGGACCUACUGGAGAGCAGGUCGGACAGCUCUGGGGCCCUCCACACCCUUGAGAUUUCCGCAAAUCUGAGUGACGACAUGAAGGAGAUGACUAAUUGUGUGCGGCAGGCCAUUCGUUCUAGCUCUCUUGAGAGGACAUGCAGCAAAGAUGCUGGAAGCCAGACUGUAGGUUUCACCAGCACAGGAACACAAACAGCUAAGUUUGUCAGUGUGGGCCUGCAGACAGAGGGUCCAGGUUCCUCAACCGCCCGAGGAGCAGGGUUUCAUGGAAAGGUGUGGUCUCCACGGCCAUCCACCUCGCUGACAUCAGCACGAUCACGCCAGAUCUCCUCGUCACUGGAGAAGGUGCACGGCCGCAUUGACCGACCCUGCUGCUCACCGAAAUAUGGCUCACCCAAACUCACAAGAAGGGUUUCUGCUUCAUCGUCAUCAUCCAAGCUUGAGACAUCUUCCAUCUCUUCAAGAGAUAGAAGCAUGUGGAAUUUGCCAAACCGUAGCAUUGCCCAGAGUGGAUCUGCUUGGGCUCGGUCCACCACAACCCGUGACAGUCCCGUACUCAGUGGCCUUAAUGAUGGUUUGUCCAGCCUCUUUAGUGUUGUGGAGCACACCUCCAGCAUGGAGUCACUCUGGAAGGGUGACACAUGCCCUGGAAGGCAAGCUGCAGGCAAACCUUCCUGCCCCAGUAUCAGCAUUAGCAUGAAUGAGCCUGAAACUCAGAAGUACGGCAUCGAGUUCUUUCAAAACAUUUGCGGACGGACAUUGCCAGGAGAGAAGACUGGAACUAUAGAUGAACCCAAGCCUGAGUGUCUCACUGGGGCUAUGGUGGGAACAGACAGUGUCACCAAGAUCGUCAAUAAGCGGUUCAUGAGACAGACCCUGCGGGAUGAUGCGGUAGUCAAUGGAAAGGAGUCGAGUGCAAGUGUCAGUGGCCAAGAGGAUUCAUCUUGCGACUGCAAAUCACAGUCCCUCGCCUCUUGUUCUGUUCGCUCCUCUCGCUCCACUGUUCGCCACAGCCACAGCCAGUGCAAGCACCGUGUACAGGAGACUGGUGUGGGAAAUGAAGAGAGAUCCGAUGUCUGCAACGAGUAACAGACAAGAGGCCAUGUUUUUUUUCCUGCUUUAAGAGAAACACACAGAUAUUGCCUCACACAUAUUACCACAUAAAUGCACUGCCAUGUAUAAACUUGCACAUAAAUAGACACAAAAAGCCGCAGUAGAAUACAUGUCUGGACUUUUCCAAGAAACGGUGAUUAGCACACGGACUAACGCCAAGGAAUAUCAGUCAGCCAGCCAGACCUCCUUUUAAGGUCACUCCUCUGUAUCCAACCAGCAGGACAGCUCAACUCUGCCAUCUUAUUUAACUAGUUUUGGGAUGAACAUAAGGGAUCAAACUUUAUGUAAUAAUAAGGGUUGAGUAGAAACACGUGGAAUUAAGUUUCAAACCUGACAGUGAUGUCUUUUGUAUUUGACAGCUCAUAUGCCAGUUAGAUUGACAAAUUGACUUUCUAAAGAUUUUGGCAUAAAAAUGGCUCCAUGCUUUAAAUCUCAAAGUUUAUCAAUCUCAUGCAUCCAGGUUUUUUUUUUUGUUGUUGUUUUUUUUAAUUGUAUUUUUUUUUUUAUUAUUGCUGAAUCACUGUUCAUUUUAGUGUUUUAUGUGGGACCAUUACAAAAGACACUUCUUAUCCAGGAUUUUCUAAGCUUACAUUUAUAGAAACAGAGGUAAUUGAAAGCUGAUUUUGUGCAUGUAUCAAAUUGAGAUUACCUGUGAAUAGUCAAAUAUCACUGUUCUACCCAUCAUCCCAUUGUUCUUACUGCCAGAUUUACAAGGCAGAUGUACAAGAUUGUGUACUGGACAUAAUUUUUUUUUUCCCACCUGUAUUUAUAACUGUCUAAGAUUAGAAUGGUGCUAUACAAAUGAAAAUCUUUUAUCAUAUUUUAUGUGAUUUGACGAGUGGUGACAUUUCAGGCUUUAGCUGAAUGUGUGACUGCUAAUGCUAGAAUAUAUCAGAUUUAAUGUAUUUGACUGGUAGAUGCAGUCUGCAUUAAACACUGUAUAGAGUUAAGAGGGAUAACUUGGAAAACAUACAGACGACUUUAAUCUGCUAUAAUAGCCCUUUCUGUACACCCACACACUUUUGCUCUAUCCUACCACUUUUUCCACAUGUAUAGUCAUAUAUACACACACACACACACACACACACACACACACACACACACACACACAGACUCUAAAUAGCAAACUGUAAUGGUCAGGCUCCUUUUGCAUGUGUCAGCCACUUUCUGCCUCAGCUCUUUAAUAACCAGGGCAUUACUGGCAAACCACAUUUCUUCAUUGCCACUGACUAUGGUACUGUCUACAGUGUCUGCUAUAAAAUGUCAUUACCGGUCUGUCAAGACCUCAAUACACCUCUUGCAUUAUACCUCUUGCUGCUACCUCCUUUCUGCAUUUUUAGUCUUACUACUCCAAAUUUAUUCCACUUUUCGUUUUGAAGGUCUCAAGUGUGCCUUUCUAUUCUUUCACAGAAAAAACAUUCUACAUGUUUCUACAAUAUUACUCAGUGAGGAGCUGCAGGCAGUGAGAGCACUGGUCAAAUUUGCAGUAAACACUUAUAUUUCAUCCUCACCCUAAAGCCCAGUAUAUGCUCCGAAAUCUAAAGUUGUAGCAGCCAUGAGUCACUGAACAAUUUCCCCAACUCCUCUCUCCCUCGGCCACAAGACACUACAGCUUCAUAUUUAUCUAAGGCCGGCAUUUUGCUGGAGAGGAAAAUAUUAUACCUGACAUGUAGUAUUCCUUUGUGUAUUGUGUAUGUUGAGCUUGGUCUAAAUGAUCCCUAAAAUUGCACCUAUACUCAUAGGGGGAGGAUUAAAACUCAACUUCAUUGGCUACCAUACAGACCCAUUCUCAAAUCUGAUCUCCAGCCAGAUGCUUUACAGCCUUAUCUACAAGGCCAGUUUAAAGCAAUCCAAUGAAACAACUUCUACUAGUGUAAUUUAAGAACAUUACUUCCAAACAAUUACUACGCUACAAUUAUUAAUUGUCAAUACUUCAAAUAAAUACAAGCCCUUAAACAAGCCCUUCAUCUUCCUUUAGCAUUCCACAUCCACAUCCUAUAACAUCUAGCAAUACUUUAAAUGACAUAGUAGCUUAAUACUAUUUGCUAAAUUAUUGAGAAUGCUUGUAUAUUUUGUUUUUUUUCUUGUUUUUUUUUAAACAUUUAUUAAAUAAAAUUAGUAAGACACUCUUUAAUAAUCGUAAAAAUACUGUACAUAUACAAUUUAUACUCUUUCUAUCUUAGACUAGAAAAACUCCUGAGUGUGUCUGCUACAGUGGUUUGACCGUCAGAGCUCGUCUUCUUUCCUUCAACAAAUGUAAAUAGUGCCAUUCUGGGUAAAGAGAAUAUGCCUCAAUAAUACUGGCUUUUUUUCUUUCUUUUUUUUGGAAGGAUUGGCUUGGUUGUUGCCUCAAAUAAACCUUUCCUGUUUGUUAAAAUUCACAAAUAAAUGUUUGCUGAAACA